AUGGCGACAGAUCCAGGUGAAAUAUUUCUCCCGUUUCUGGAGAACGGAAAAUUCUCUGAUUUCAUCAUCGAAUGUCAAGGGGUCGUGUUCAAGGUUCACCGCCUCGUCAUAUGCACGCAGUCUCCAAUGCUCGCCGCCGCGUGCAGCGGAUCCUUCGAGGAGGCUCUCAGCGGCAGAAUUACGUUUCCAGAGGAAGAUCCUGAGAUUUUGGCUCGAGUGAUCCUUUUCAUGUACAGCAAAUAUUAUCACGAGUUAAAACUGCCUAGGUUCUAUCACGGACUGAUCAAGGAUGACGGUGAAGGCGAAGAAGACAGAUUCCCUUCUGGCCGCGGUUUCCAGGAGAUCGAUGAACUUGGCCUGAGACGCGGUCUGAAAGUGAACGCGUUGGUGUACAAAUGUGCUGAAAUGCUGGGACUUGACGAAUUAAAGGAUGAAGCAUCUGCUCGAUUCAUGAGAGAUGCGAAGUCGGCGUACGACAUGGAUGGUUUCGAGGAUCCGCUCCGACUUCUCUACGAGUCUACCAGGGCCGAUGACACGGAUCUUCGGUUCAAAGUUACCUGCCUUUGUGUCGAAAACCAUGAUAUUCUCGAGUUGCGGAAAAAGACGAUUGAAGUCAUCAAAGAGCACGAGGGCAAUGUCUGGAGUGUUUCUGGGGAACUCUUGAAGCGUCUAGCCAACAGCUCAACAUCCAAGGGAAGCAGCGAUAAGAAACUAGGAGUCGAACAAGUCGUGAUGUUGUGCAAUCGGCGGGCAACGAAGAUCAACUGCAACCAUAAGGUCUAUGUAAAUACUGUGCGAGUUGCGGCGGCUGGCCCCUUGCAUGUUGUCAUCAAGUGUCCAACCUGCGACCUGGAGGACGAAGGUUGA